CGCUCAGGGCGGGCCGCGCCGGGGCGGGAAAGGCGAAGCGUCGCCGCGGGGUUGAGACAGCUGGUACCUGGCUGGGCUCCGCCUGCGGCUUCUCAAAGCGGGAGCGGGUGCUCGGCGGGAGCCAGGUGCUUGCUGAGGUAAGCGGCGAGGAGCAGGAGUGAGCGGAUUCGUGUGAUAAACCGAAGAACCGCAGUACCGGGAGCGUCGCCUCACGGUGCUGGGAGCGUUCCCGCUGCGGUGGAGGUGAUGGUGUUGGUGCCUGCCGCCCUUCUCCAGCGAUUUCUAAGAGCGCCAGGGCAGCGCGGAGGAUCCCCACCGCGGUGCUCGUGAAGUUCACCCGCUGACGCUGCAGAGAGCAGCCUCCUGCCACCGAGGGACGCGGGAAGGGUUUGGGGUCCGUCGUGGUGUAGGCGCUGCCGGGCCCCUCGUUUCUUGCCUCACCCCGGCGCUCAGCGGUCCCGCAGUGAACCCCCGCCUCUGAGGCUGAUUCUACUCCUCCACGCCGACAGGGGGAGCGCGGCCGCCGGUGCGAGUGCGGGACCGUUCGAACGCGGCCGCGGCUGAGGCGGCGGGAGGCGCAGGCGGGAACAAGCGUCCCGUUGCUGUUGUCAUCUCCCGCUCUGCGGGAUGUCCGCGGAGGCGAGCGACCCCAAAGCUCCUGCGGAGGGCGGAGAAGAGCCUAAGAAAAAGAAGAAAGGAGGAAGAGUCGUGAAGUCUCGCUACCUGCAGUACGGUAAGAAAGACGCCAAGAAGGACGCCAGGAGGUGUUUGGAUUCCUCACUGGAUGCUUCAGCAAAUUCCUUUGCAAAGUCCACUUCUAAACCGUCAUCUGCAACUAAACCAAGAUCAGUUUCUCCUCAGAAAUGUAGAACUCCUGCUGGUGUUGCCCCCAGCUCGUUAAAUAAAGGUAGAUUUGAGAAACGUUACUUGCAGUCCACUUUAUUAGAUGAGGAUAAAACUGAUCUACCAGACAUUGAUCUUUCAGCUGUUAAUGAUAAAAGUGCGUGCAAAAAGUCUCCUGGUUCAGAAUCUGCUCACGAAGAAGAUACAACGACAUGUCAAGACCCUGAAACAGAAGAAGGUGAUUCUGAUGAUGCAAUAGAAGAGCUGGAAUCUCAGACACUGCUUUUAACUUACCUAAGACUAAAGGCAGAAAAAAACCUUGCCAAGCUGGAGGAAGAAGCAGAAAAAAACUUGUUAAAGUUAUGUGAAGAAAAGGAGAGAGAACAGAAGCAGCUCUUUGAGUUGAAGCGUGACAUACUACUCAAAGAAAGAGAGCAGAAACUUAAUGACGCAUUAGACAAACAGAUGGAUUUAGUUUCUUCCCUUGUUCCUGUUUGUGAAGAACUUCAAGAGAAAUACAAAAGAUUUGCCGUUUCCCUGGAUGCCACUAGACAUGAAUUACCCAUAAAGAAUAUUCACAUAGAAGGAGACAUGCAAGCAUACCUUGAAGAACUGCAAAAGCAGUUAAAGAUCACAGAGGAGCUUCUGACAGAACUGACACCGAGCUACUCGGAGGAAAGUGCAAAAACAUUUAGUGUACUGGAAGAGCUUAAAGAAGUGUCUGGGGAACUGGAUGAAGAGCUUCAAAGGAGCUUCACAAGAAUGCUGAACCUGUUCUCUGAAGUUAGUAAAGAAGUUUCUCUGUGUAACCAAAGAAAAUGCGAAGAGAAGCAUGGACUCGAUGUUAUGAAGCGCUGGUACUUCAAAUAAAUUUGUGUUUUGUUUUACUAAGCAGGGGAUUACUAAGUCAGUGUCAGCAGAUUUGUUACCUGUUUACUUCUUGUAUGAACGUAUAACUUGUCCAAAUUUUCAGUUAUACUAGAAUAUGAAACCAGCAGCACGUGUGCUUACUGAUAGGAGAAAAGGAGUUUUCUUCUACAUGCUGUCCCAUGAGGAGGCAGCACAUUCUUUGAUUUUGAACAUGAGUUUCUGUGACCCCUUUCUCAUCCCUUACUGCCUUGACAACACUGAAAGGUAAAGAAUAAGAAACAUUGUUAUUAGUGAGUAUUACCUAUGUAUUAUAAAAGUUCUUGGGUUACUUUCUCAUACUGGUUUCAGGGGCACUGAUUUGCAUCUCUUUCCAAAGUAGUAUUCCUUACAGGGCAACAUACCAGAAUCUAGAUGUGGAAUUGUGUCUGUGGUACUGUGGAUCUGCUGAUCUUGAUAGGAGGUUCUGUAGGGAUGUACAGCAUGAUAAUUGGUCCCUCCAUGAACAGCUUCUGGAGGAACACUCAAUUGUCUCUUAUUUCUGGGUUUGCUGAGAGGAAAAGCUAUGUGGGUAGUAAAUAACGAGGCUGAUAGUUGGAAGGAACUGAAGUUACUUGUAACAAGUGAAAAGUUUGGUAAUUUGUGGCCAAAUUGUCUUGGAAUCAAAUUAUUAAAAUCAUAAAUGCUUUUGUAUUAAUCUGACUCCUUCUCUUUAAGGAGUUUAUUCUUUUUAAUAAUAAAGACUAUUUUCCACUGCUGUA